GGCUUAACUGUCAGGGGUUGAUGGCGCACGUGGCCGCGUGGGUCAACUGACCCACCUCUGAGGGGAUCCCGGGCCCCCUAUUCCUUCUCGGGGCGCCUCCUGGGCCCAGGGUUGACUGGGUCCCCAUGUCCGCAGGCCCUGGCCUGGCAACGGCCACCGGCCCGGCAACGGCCACCGGCCCGGCAACGGUCACCGGCCCGACAACGGCCACCGGCCCGGCAACGGCCACCGGCCAGAUGGAAGAGCCUCCCGAGAAGCGCCUCAGCUCUGAGGAGAGGAAAAAGUUGAAAGAAAAAUUAGCUUUCUUGAAAAAGGAAUACAGCAAGACAUUGGCCCGCCUUGAGCGUGCCCAAAGAGCUGAGAAGGUUAAGAAUUCUAUUAAGAAAACAGGAGAAGAGCAAGAUUGCUUGCUCCAACAGGAAAUCUUACCACACCUAAACCACUCAGAGCCUAAAAAUAAAGUAUCUCCUCGUGACAAGUUACAAAUCAAUACCCUUCUUGAUAAAGAAACUGAAAAAAAGACAUCUGUCACACUUGAUGUUGAGCCUGAAUACUUUAACUCUGGAGAUGGCCCAGAAGAAGGAUUACGUGCACAAAAAACAGAUGACAUUAAAGUACAUUUUUCCUGCAGUGUCAGUGGCCCUGAUGAUGAGAAAAGGCAAAGUAAACUGCCAGAGAGAAGAAAGCAGCAGCAGAAGAGAGCAUUCAUUUCACAGGAGAGAGACUGUAUCUUUGACACUGAUUCAAUAAUACUCUCCAGAAAAAGACUAAAGGAACAAGAAGAAAUCAAUAGCAAAAAUCCUAGGUCACCAAUAACUGAAAUAAGAACUCACCUUUCAAGUCCUGGGUCAGAAAUUCUGGAUUCUCCAGCAUCAGUUACAGAAACUAAUGGAGAGAGUGUUUUAAUUCCGCCAACUGCCAAACCAGAAAGAGGUGCUGAUACACUCUUAAGAGGAAAUAAUUUCCCCAAGGAGACUGCAGUUCCUUUGCAUACUUCAUCAGAUAGCAAUAGUAGUCAGCACUUUGAACGUACACCUCCUAAAGGUAACUGUGAACUUAUUACUCAAGGCUUAAGAAACAUUAGCCCUGCUUCACCUGUAAACUUGAAGGCACAAGGCAAAAAAAUUACUCUCUUUACUGAUAACCCAGUAGUAAAUAAAGCUAUAAGUGCAAGUAGCCAACUGCCUAGAAGUCCUAACUUAGAAGCAGAUAGUUCAUGUUCUAUAAAUGAACUUACUUAUUGUAACUUAUCAAUAAAUGAAAGCCAAAAAUUAAAAGAACAGAAUCAUACAGAGAAGUCUUUAAAAUCUGCUGGUAACGCUCUUGAUGGUAGAAAUGAAAGCCUUCAGGAAAAUGAGGUUUUAAAUCAAUCUGAGGGUGUUAGCCUAGAAGCAAUCUCUCCUGUUUCUACAGAAAAGCAAAUACAUUCUUGCACAGUGCUUGAAGGCCUUCUCUUUCCUGCAGAAUAUUAUGUUAGAACAACACGAAGUAUGUCAAAUUGUCAGAGGAAAGUAGCCCUAGAGGCUGUAAUUCAAAGUCAUUUGGGUGUCAGGAAGAAAGGAUGUAAAAAUAAAAAUAAGGAAAGAUCUAAAAACGUAAAUCUUUCCAGUGAAGAAACUGACCAAAGUGAAAUUAGGAUGUCUGGCACAUGCGUAGGACAACCAGGUUCAACAAGUCGUCCUCAGAAACUUCUCUCAUUAACUGAAAUCAGCUCUCCCACUAGGCCCACUGAAGAUAAUGACUUUUCUAGGAAGGCAAUUACCUGGCCAUCUGGUAAAAAACAAAGGGGAAAAAGAAAGUCAAUCACCACCCCAGCAUUAGAUCAUCCUGAACUACUUUUGCCAACUUCUGGCACAUCAGGUGUUAACAGAUCCAAGGAAGAAAUCACUUUGGACGAAUACCAAAACAAAAAAGCGGUUAUUCAUGGGCAAGAAGAUUGUUGUCAAAAAAAGGACUCCCUUUCUUCCAGUAACAGUACUUAUUUAGCUUUGGAUGAUGAUGCUUUCAGUGCUCCAUUUCAUAAGAGUGAAACGCUGAAUUUAAAGCAAAUGUCAUCUUUUCCUAAUAUCACAGACUUUCAGUUACCUGAUGAAGACUUUGGGCCUCUUAAGCUUGAAAAAUUGAAGUCCAUCUCAGAAAAGCCAGUUGAGCCUUUUGAAUCAAAAAUGCACAGAGAGAGGCAUCUUAAAGAGGGAAAUUGUAUUGGUCUGGAGGAACUGUUUCCUAAACCUAUACAUACAGAGUUAGAGGACUUGGAACAGGAACCAAAAGCACAUCCUAACAUGCCAAACCUGAAAAGCCAGCCUACAAAGAAGGGCCUUUCUUCAUCCAUAUUACUUUUCACUCCUUUAAAUACCAUUGCACCUGAUGAUAAUGACAGACCUACCACAGACAUAUGUUCACCUGCUUUCCCAGUCGUAGGUACCACUCCAGCUUUUGGCUCCCAAACAUACUCUGAAAAAGUGUGUACAGAGGUUGUUGGACAGACUUACUCUACACCCCAACUCGCUCAUCUGAAAGACACAGUCAGACUUGCUAGUGAUAGUAAACAAUGUGACAGUUCAACCAGCCCACCAAAACUGGAUACGAGCCUGCCUGUGUCGGGUAGGCAAGGGCAACCAGCCUGUGACUGUGACUUUGGCCCCCAAGCAACAUCUCUACCCAUUGAGUCAUUCACUUUGCAAGAAACUCAGCUCUCUGGAAAUACAUGCCUGGAGUUGCAUAACCAUUCUGUUCAAGAGACUGAAGUAGCAGAUCUUCCUGCUUGUGACAGCUUAAAGCCAAGCAACCUACAAUUGGUGUCACAGUUAAAGAAUCCCUCAGGUUCCUGUUCUGUGGAUGUGAGUGCCAUGUGGUGGGAACAAGCUGGUUUUAAAGAGCCAUGUAUCAUAACUGCUUGUGAAUAUGUAGUUUCUCUUUGGAAAACUCAGGACUCUUGGCAGUGGAAAGAAAUUUAUACCUGGCACUUCACAGAGGUUCCAGUAUUACAAAUAGUUCCAGUGCCUGAUGUUUGUAAUCUUGUGUGUAUAGCUUUGGGAAAUUUGGAAAUCAGAGAAAUCAGGACAUUGCUUUGUUCCUCUGAUGAUGAAAGUGAAAAGCAAGUACUACUGAAAUCUGGAAAUAUAAAAGCUGUACUUGGCCUGACAGAGAGGAGGCUAGUCAGUAGCAGUGGGACCCUUUGUGAUCAGCAAGUAGAAAUCAUGACAUUUGCAGAAGAUGGAGGAAGCAAAGAAAAACAGUUUCUGAUGCCCGCUGAAGAGACUAUACUAACUUUUGCUGAGGUCCAAGGGAUGCAGGAAGCUCUGCUUGGUACUACUAUCAUGAACAACAUUGUUAUGUGGAAUUUAAAAACUGGUCAACUCCUGAAAAAGAUACACAUCGAUGAUUCUUACCAAACUUCAGUCUGUCACAAAGCCUAUUCUGAAAUGGGGCUCAUGUUUGUUGUUCUGAGUCAUCCUUGUGCCAAAGAGAGUGAUUCGUUGGGAAGCCCUGUGUUUCAGCUGAUUGCGAUGAACCCUAAGACGACCCUGAAUGUGGGUGUGACGCUGUGCUGUCUUCCUCAGGGGCAGGCUGGAAGGUUCCUGGAAGGUGAUGUGAAAGAUCAUCAUGCAGCAGCAGUUUUGACUUCUGGAACAAUUGCCAUCUGGGACUUACUUCUAGGUGAUUGUACUGCUCUCAUUCCACCUGUCUCUGACCAAAAUUGGUCUUUUGUUAAAUGGUCAGGUACAGAUUCUCAUUUGCUAGCUGGACAAAAAGAUGGAAAUAUAUUUGUAUACCGCUACUCAUAAGAGAUGAAAACAGUUUUCUGGGUAUAUUGGCCUCUUAGGUUUUUGUUGGAGUUGUAACUGUAAAGGAGAAUAUCUGAAUGACAUUUAAAAUAAUUACUUGUAUGUGUCCAAACAGACAUUUUUUAUUCUGAAGGUGGUAGCACUACUGAUCUUAAAUGUUCAUUUAUACUUACUUUGGGGGAAAGUUUUUUGUUUGAUUUCUGUAAUUCCCCACGUUUGCACAUUUGAAUUUAAAGGUAUUUAUAAAGCUUCAAAUGUCAAUAAAUAUUUAUUCUGA